UCCGUCAUAAUUGUCAAAUGCCACUUGAAUUUCUCCUGUCAUUUUUUCAGAAACCGAAGAGUGGACGUGUUACGUCAGUGUAGAAUAUACACAACUUGUUUAUUUCUAAAAAAUGCGUGUUAAUUGUUAUUAUGUUUUGUUGUUGUUGUUUAAAAUAGGUGUAUUAUAAGGUAUUUAUAAUCAAGAUAUUAACAUGCUAUCAAGUUAUUUUGACUUUGUUUUGAAAUCUCCAUAAUUGAAAUAUCAGUAUUUGUAUAUUGUUAUUUUAAAAAUGAAUAAAGAGGAUUUGGAUAUAUUUCGACAUCUAGAAAAAACACCAAGGAACAAUACUGGCUUAGACCUGAUAAAAGGUUUAGCAGAUAGAGAGAGUGGACUUAAAACUAAUCAUAAAGUGAAGGAAAAUGUACAAGUCUAUGCAGAAGAAGAGCUUGUACGAAAACAAGAAUAUGUGGAAAUGCGCUGUGAAAUGCCGGGUUUACCGCGAUCUACCUUUUUGAUGGUUUUUAGUCCUGAUGGUCAGAGAGCAGCUUCUACUCAUGGCAACCAUAACAUUUAUGUUACAGAUUUAAGGAGUGGUAAAAAUAUUAAAACUCUUGUAGGGCAUCCAAGAACACCUUGGUGUAUAGCUUUUCAUCCAACAUUGGAUCAAAUUGUAGCUUCUGGUUGUUUGGGUGGCCAAGUACGAAUUUGGGAUCUGAGUGGAGGAAGUGAAGUUUGGACUGUCUCAACACAAACUGUCAUAGCUUCGAUAGCAUUUCAUCCAAAUGACAGAGUUUUAGUUAUAGCUACUUUUAAUGAAGUAUAUUUUUGGGAUUGGAGUCGACCUGAACCAUAUGUUCUCACAGCCACAAGUAACCCAAAAGAAAAAGUUCGUUAUGUUGCAUUUGAUAAAUUGGGCCACAAGCUGAUAACUGGAAUAGCAAAUAGUCCCCACACAAGAUGGGAAAGGGCUAGAGCUCCAGUUCCAGUACCCAGACAGGAAAGAUGUGCUAGUCCAUACAGGAGAAGAAUUACACAAAGAUUAGUCUCAUCUCCUGGUACUGUAUCUAGUCCACAACCAUCGGUCAAUCAAGAAUCUAAUGUACAGGAGAGAGAGCCCACUUCAGGUGUGCUAGAAAGAGAAAGACGAAUAGCUUUGUGCUAUAGGAAUUUAGUGAGAGAAUAUGAGCUUCUUGUUCAUAGAUAUUUGCAGUUAUAUAGACCUCCAACAAUGAUUGAUAGGGGAACUGAUCCAAUGGAACCAAAUCAUUAUACUAGUGGAACUCAAACUGCAGAAAAUGCUAAUAGUGAUAUAUCAAUGCCAGGACCCAGUGGCAUUAGGGCUUAUGCAAAUAAUUUAGCUAGUUCUAAUAAUUCUGAAAACAACUCUGUACCAAAUCAGACACCAUCGGAGCCAAUCAAUACUAAUCCACAACCAUCAACGUCUCAUUCUCAAGGCUUAAUUACACCUAGCAGAAUAUUUUCUGUUGGUAGGAAGCCGCCUAGUUCAAUAAGGGGCACUCAAACUUUGGAUUCUAGGAAACAGAAAACCGAUGAUGAAAGUCAACCAAAUAAUGAUGAAAAAAGGGUUAAAAGAAAAAGAAGCGGUAGUGGGUCAGAUGAUAGUAGUUCUUCAGAUGAAUCAUCUGCUCAAAACAAGCAGGUUCCUGAAACAGCCACAGCAGAAAACGCUACUGAUCCCGAAGAUCGGGUAUUGGUAGUUAACUUAGAAAGACUGAGUCCCGAGAGAUUGCCAUCAACAUCUGCAGAUAGCAGAGACAAUGAGGAAUUUAAUAUAUCUAGAUACAGGGCUAGCAGAUAUAAAAGGAGACUAGUAACUAAUUUAAUAAAUAGUCGCAAAGGACUCUUGCCAAGUCCGCGAUUUAAUGACAAUUCAAGGCCUAGUGAUAGAGAUCCAAGAAGUACAAGAGAUACUUCAUCAAAUAAUUCUAAUGUUGGAGAGCCUAACAAUCGUUAUAGUGAGAGGUUUAAUGAAUAUAUUAGAGCCACUAGAGAAAGGAUUGCUGAAUUUCGCAGGAGAAACCAAACAGUUUUAAGUACCGAAGGAAGUUCAGAUGCAACUUCGCAAGAAAAUGCGGAAGGGGAUGGAAACAUAUCUUUUCCCACUCUGCCUUUAAAUACUGAUAGAAAUGUUCCGCCUACUACAACUACCCCAUCUGACACCAACGGACAACAAAGCAAUGUUGAACAACUUUUAUCAAAUAUUAGAAGAACUGCUGAGGAGGAAGUAAGAAAUAGGAUUUUGCCAAUUAUAAGAUCUAUACCGCCUCAUGAUCGCCCUGAAUUAAUCAGGCUUUUCGAAAGCAGUCGUGACCACGUUAGGAUGCGUUUCAGACAAAUGUAUCCGGUUUUUCUUAGACGUCAUUGUCGCAGAACUCUGAGAAUCGACAGUUCAACAGAUAGCAGCAGUUCAGAAAACGAGCAAGAUCAAUCUAAUUCGUCGCCAAAUAGAUUGCCUUCUAGAGAUCUAGAAAUGAAUAUUCUUCAAGAACCAACUGACAGUCCCGCACCUACCGCGUCACCCGGUCCUGGUUCUACCGAACGAAACUUCAAUACUGAGUUAGAACAGCUCGUCACUUCACUUCUGACCGAAAUAGAAAGAAACGAAAGUGAAAUCGGAAAUGACGCGUCUCUGCAAACUCCACUGAAUAUUUCUACUGGGAUCAGUAACUCGGCCUCCACAAGUAGCGCUAGGACGAGACCUUCGAGGAAUUGGUUUUCUAACGAGCCCGAAUUAGGAACGACUCCUCCGCCUCCGCCGCCAGGGGAUACCCUGGAAAACAUAAUUUACGACGCCUUUUUCUCUGAACGGAAUCGACCUGAUUAUCCUCCAGCUGCGUUGCAGAACGUACCCCCGCCUAUGUUGGCGAGCAGCGAUGCGCGAAACUAUUUCAACACCGAUACCAGGACGACAACUUCAAUGAGUUACACUUCGAGCUCGUCCAGCCCUGGACAAAGGAGGAGGUUUUUCUCCCACCGGGUGUCUGCGUUUAUGCCGACUCGUGUUAACUAUAUCAGAACAAGGUUGAGAAGGAAUCCUCAUUACACAUGGGGUAGCGGCCGAGCAGGGAUGCCCCGAACGCACCGCAAUCCUCCGCUCGCACUGGACGAUCUCAUUAACUUUGCCGAGCGCGGAGCGAGUUCCGAAGAACGGUCAUCAACCGACGGUUUUUAUCCCGAAAACAUCGGGAUUAAUAAUAUGUACACCAGCAUGGUUCAAGACAUGAACUCUUCCUUGCACGAUGUUUGCAACAUUAACUCCAACCCGCCGGGAGACACUUCAGAUAUACUAACCAGCUUUUCAGAAAGAUUAGGCAGUUUUAUAAACCAAUCUACUACGAUUCUGAGAAACAUACAGAGUUCAAUGGGUUUACUGUCCAAUUCUAACGAAACAACUAGAAAUCAAGAGAGCGAGCCUAGGUGGACUUUUAACGACUCCGGUUUUUAUGUACGCGAUUUGCGGAACGAGGGUAACGGCAAUUCGGAAACUGGCACGGCCAACGAGUCCCUUCAAGAUCUAGUGGGAUCUUUGCAUACCGAUCACACGUACCCGCGAAAUCCGGACAGUCCGCCACCUAAUGAUAACAUAAGCUCUCCGUUAAUGACAUCUUUACAUCUCAGCCUGACUCAUAUUUUGCGAGAGGCGCACGUGUUACGGCGACAGGUGGAGAGUAUUGAGAGGAUAGAGAGGGCAACGGCGGAAGUAGCGCAGUUACAACUAAUGAGGCAUCUAGUUAUUGAGCUGUUCCGGCACGUAAGGUCGCUCACGGGCGAAAGUCGUAGCGCGGGAGUGUCGAGCGUGCGACAAAUGAUGGCAGGCACGCGGAUCAGUGAUUCUAGUCCUUAUGAAUCUCCAAAUGAAGAGGCCAACCAAGUCGUGGAUAAUCGCCCAGGACGAGAUCUUCAGCCUCGCCCAGGAACUAGUUCAGGUACAUCUAGUGCAGAUCAAUCCACCAAUAGCAGUGGAAACCCUCAACAAAGGAGAAGUACCAACAGGAAAACAUAUCCUCCUUCAAGGUUUGUCAGAUUUGCGAGGAACUGUCAGAGACGUCCGUCAAUAGUUCAUUGGUUUUCUAGAAGAUAUUUGAGAGGAAUCAGACCGGCACAGCACAUCAGACCGAACACUUUUUCGAGGGCGCCCUGUAUAUCAAUCAUAACUCGUGAAAAUCGUGACAGCAGCGAGUACCAGGCUCAGCCCUUAAAUUAUUCGACCAUAAAUUCCACAAGUUUAUCCCAAAUGACGGAAAGGCUGGAACGUUUGUUGACCGAUCAAAUGACGAUUUUCACCAGAUCACAAGAGACGCCUUCACAGUCAAGAUCGGGUCCUGUGGAUUUAGGAGAGCACAUUCUAGCAUUACGUUUACACGGUUGCUGGUUGAGAAUGAACAGAAUUCUUGGUGGUAAUAGCGCAUUUACUGGAUUAAGAGGAUUGAGGUCGAGUUAUACCACUGCCGUAUCUCAAGAUGGAACUGCCAGGUAUAAUGCGAGACACACAUUAAGCCUUAUUGUGGAUGGAAUGAGUAGGCACAUUGAAGAAUUAGAUAAUUCAAAUGUCUCCAACUCUAUGCGAAGGCAAAUUAACGCCGUUCUAGCAAUGUCCUUGCUAUUGACCGAACUCCUUCUCCUUCAAGUUACCGAUUCUAUUCCACCUGCAGUUACCAUGACCCUUGAUCCGGUAAGAGGCUCAUUAGCCCGAACCUUGGACGAAUUAGUGUCGGAUAUGCUAGGGAGCGAUGUUAGCGUAGGUUCAACGCAACUGACCAGAAGUUUAGGAACGAUGAGAGCCACCAUGCGGAACGCACACCGAACAUUGGAGCAAACUUACAAUGCUAGAAGGAACGCGGUAAUGCCGACACAGGGUACCGAUAGGAGGCAACUUUUAGGGACCAUUAAUAGGUGUUUAAGAAACAUAAAUCGAACGCAGGAAAGAAAUUCGAACAGCGAGCAAGAAUCGAAUGGUGAGGGUAGUUCCAGCUCGAGGCCGGCUAAUAGUGGGACCAGUAGUACUAAUGAGAACGUUACCGAAGCGUGGUAUAGUACCAUAAACGAUUUAAUAACAAGGUAUUCAGAUAAUGCAGCUGAUGAGGCGCAGAAUCAACCUUCGACGUCAGGAGAGAGGGCAGAAAAUAGGGAAACUCUGUCUCUGUCUAGUACAAAUGACAAUAGUGAUGAUGAUCCAGACGAUCCAGAACCCGAGUGGUACUACCAUCGCAACACCGAUUCUUCAAACAACAACAGUAGUUUGUACCGAACCAACAACGUAAAUUUAGUUCAGCCAAGUGAACCUAGUUAUCCUCCGAGACUAUGGAGCGUACCGUCGGUUCAAGUUAACGACGUUCCUGUAUCAGAACCAUCAUUUUUUGCUCAAAGAUUGUUGCCUCACAGACAAAGGGUGUCAGAGUUAAGGUCUAAUCCAAGAGUCGGCAUAUUUAGGCCUAGAUUCCUGCACCCGCUCUAUGCUCACGUCAAUCCAUUCGACGCAGACUUGGAUGAUCCGCAGAGAGACAGAGACCAGAUAUACGAUGGAGAAAUGCUUGCCACAGUAACACCCAAUCAUAGAAUACAAGCCUGGGAUAUUUCAAAUUGGACAGUUCCAUCAAUAAGUAAUUCCCUUAAAAAUGUCGUCGUUAAUGAAUGCAAGAUACACAAUGACGCAAGCGUUGACAUAGCCACAGACGGAACGAUUCUAGUGUCAUUAUUACCUUCUGGUGGUUACUUGAAUGUCACUAAUCGUUUAGGAGUCUAUAGUUUACGUUGGGAAACUUUGGGCCAGUGUCUUUAUACAACCAGUUUUGAACAGAACGCUGUGUCGGUGUCCUUGUCUCCGUUAAGCCGUCAUUUGUUGGUCGGUUUCGCAUCUAGGAGAGUGUCGAUAAUACAGAGCGAUCGAUGGGUAAUGGCAAGAAUCUACAAAAUAGAACAAAAGGAUGUUCCGGGCGAUAGGUUACCUGUAUUAAGGGAUCUAGAGCAACAGAGAGAAAGCAGAAUUAAUUGCAUUAGGUGGUUACCAACGUCAGGCCAAGGAUUGAUUUAUGCAACCAACACCGGUCAGCUGGUCAUUCUUUCUUAAAUAGUUAUCUAAUAAUUUGACCACAGCGUCUAUAUACUGAUGAUAGUGAUUUUUCGACAGGACUAUUUUGUACUUCUAGUUCAAUCACUGGAGGCAUUUUAAGUGAACCAUGUAAACAUACACAUACAGGGUAACCCAGCAUUGUGAAAAAGCUAUAUCAGAGGAUUUUUGAUUGAGAUUUUCACUCAAAUUCUGGGCAGUAGAUGUAUGCACAUUUUAAAAAGAUUUUUAUCAGUAUAAUUAAACUAAAGUUGUACAUUUUUAGCACAGUGAAUUUACCAUUAAUUCCCAUUCUAAGAAUACCAUAAUGUCAUAUUCUAUACUGAGUGGUUUUUGAAAUAUGACCAUUUUUAGACUAAAUUUUAUGCACAUUUAAAUCUCUUCUCAAAAAAUACUCUCCCAUUAAUAUAAAUCACCUACAAAACGAGUCAAAACUUCAUGUAUUUUUCUCCACCGUUUCAAAUGGAACAUGUAUUUUAUGACAUAAAUUAACGUAAUUUUUAUCCAACUUUAUGUUUUGAAAAUUAUUUUUAUAUUCAUGUUUUUACUACCCAACUAAAUUUCCAUUUUUUUAAUUAGUUAAAGGUUAUAGAUGCAUUAGACAGAAAAUAUAACCCUAUUUAUUUUAUUCGCCAAGUGACAACAUCCUGUAUUUUAUGACAUAAAUUAACGUAAUUUUUAUCCAACUUUAUGUUUUGAAAAUUAUUUUUAUAUUCAUGUUUUUACUACCCAACUAAAUUUCCAUUUUUUUAAUUAGUUAAAGGUUAUAGAUGCAUUAGACAGAAAAUAUAACCCUAUUUAUUUUAUUCGCCAAGUGAAAUAUCCUUUAAGCCUAGUUCAUGCACUUGCGAAUUGCGAUUUACGAAUUGCGAAAAGCGUCCUGUUUGCGUUCUGAUUGGUUACCUUCAAGAAAGACCUUGGAAGCGACCAAUUGCAAGGCAAAAAGAACGCAUUUCGCAAUUCGUAAAUCGCAUUUCGCAAGUGCAUGAACUGGGCUUUAUUUGGUUAAUAUUGAAAAAGUUUUUAAUUUUUAACUUUAUUGUACUCUAUUACAGAUAGGUAUAUCACAUUUGUUCUUAUAAUGAGUGAAAGACAAGGUAUUAGGAAGUACUCAAUAAAACAAAACUCUGUUCAUUUAUGAGACAAAAUAAAGGGUGUUCCACACACAAUAGAUCUGUACGGUCGCGGUGAUUAACCCCCCUCCUAAACAUUCUAAAAGGGUGUUCCGUUGGAAAUAAUGAAGAAAAUACAGCUUUUAUACUCACCUAUGUAUCAAACAACACUGCAAAUUUUAGUAGGCUGAAUUUUGACAUAGUAUCAAAAAGUUUAAAAUUUGACAAAGCAUAGCAGAAAACGCCAAAUUUAUGUGGUUUAACUUUAGUUUUAAAUUAAAAUUAUAUCACCUUGUAUAUUAACUAAAACAUUUUUUAAUCAUGUGUUAUAAAAAAAAAUUAAGUGAAAAUCUCAAGCUAUGAUCCUGAUACAGAACUUUUUCAGAACGCUGGGUCGGUCACUGUAUGAGAUAUUUAUAAUUUAAAUAAAAUAUUAUAUAUCUACAACUAUUUAAACUAGGUAACCUCCAAUUAAAGCUGAUCUUUAAAUAUGGUUAUAAUUCAUAAGUAAACUUCAGUUUCAAAAGUACAUACUAAUUAUUGUAUGAUAUUAAUACACAUUAAAAGUUUAUGCCUUUGUUUGUAUAUAUAAAAAUCAAGAAAAUAUAUAAAUAUUUUUUUCUUACUUUUUUAAUCUGUAUAAACAAUCAGUCUGUUUGGGUUUUAUCAGUAAAUAUACUUGUCACUUUUUAGUUUAAUUAGAUGGUACCCUGCUUAUUGCUUUUGGUACAAUUUAUAAAUAUUCUGAGGCUGUUUUAACUCUAAUUAUAGAUAUUAUAAACUAUGUAAUUGUUAGAGACUGUAUAUUGUUCUAUUUCUUCAACUUGCAUAAAUAUUUUUCGUAUACAAUGUAGUUAAUUGGCUUUUUUAAUUACUAUAAAUCAUAUAUUGAGCUGCAUAGGAAUUUAAUAUUAAUUCAUUUUGACUGUAGCCUGUCUGACGGGAGAAUAUACAGCGCGUACCAAAAAGUUUGCACCAAAUAAUGCAAUUUUUUGCUAUUGAGUUAUUGAAAAAAAAUUUCAGCAUGUCAUAUAAAAAAAAUCAUUUUGACAUAUGUCAUGCGAGACCUGUCAUGGCGACAAAUUUUAAAAUAUACAAUUUUUUUGGUUACUUUUCUAAAAAAUGGAAUUUUUUGUACGAAUGACCGAGCUGAUUUAGUAAAAAUACUUUCAAUUGCAGUAAUUUUAUUUUACUGGCCCACAAUGAAUUGUAAAAACUUAAAAAUUGUAGUUAUCAGACUACCGGCUUUCCCUGUAUAUUUAUGAGACGUCUUCAAAUUUUGUAAGACAUAAGUCAAGAUGUUAUUUUUGUUAUAAGGCCUGCAUAAGUAGAUCCACAUAAACUUUCUUUAAUAUUUUUUUCCAACUUGUUGGGGACUUUAUGGCACAUCCUGUACAAUUUCAACAGAUGUGGUCUCAAAAUCGAGAAUGAAUUAGAAAAAAGUAAUGUGAUGUAUUCUUUCGCUGGACAGGCUAUAGUUUGAUUAUUUGUCUGUUUUGUUUACACAAGGACUUUAUAUAGAGGCUGACUAUUUUACUUUUUCGUUAUUUUAUUAAAUUGUUUUUUUUUUAUUCUUCAAUCCUUUAUAAAUUAAUUAGUAGUAAUUUUAUAAUUGG